CAAGAAUUUUCACUUUCUUUAAAAAAGCAACUAACUUUUUUUUUUCCCUUUCUAAUUGGGUGUUAUUCAACAAAUACUAAUUAUUUUCUAUUUAUGCGUUCCAACUGACAUUUUUUUCGUCACUUACAAGAUGGUGGGUUACAACAUUCUUGGUGCAAACUGUUAGCCUCAUAUCUUAUCUUGACACCCAUUUUGCUCAAUUGCUCAAAUAAUAAUAAUAAAAAAAAAAAUUCUAAAUAAUCGACGGAGAAACCCAUUAAUUGUUGAAUUCAUGUCUUUAUCCAUUGAAGCUGUUUCUAGCUCAACUAGUAUGUCUCAUGAAGAAAAUAUUAAUUUAGAUAAAAGUGAAGUAAUUAAAGAAAAUGGUGGAGAAAAAGAAAGUGUAAAAAGAAGUGGGAGUGAAUCUUCACUUUAUGAAACUGAUCAAGAUGAAGAUGUAGAGGAUCAAAAAAUAGAAUUGGGUCCUCAAUGCACCCUCAAGGAACAAAUUGAAAAAGAUAAGGAUGAUGAGAGUCUAAGAAAGUGGAAAGAACAACUACUUGGAAAUGUUGAUAUUAAUAAUGUUGGAGAAUCAUUAGAACCAGAAGUGAAGAUUCUCAGCCUUUCGAUUGUGUCUCCUGGAAGACCCGACAUUGUUCUCGCGAUACCUGAAGAUGGAAAACCGAAAGGGUUAUGGUUUACAUUGAAAGAAGGUUGUCCUUACCGUCUCAAGUUCUCCUUUAAAGUGGGUCAGAACAUUGUUGCAGGUUUCAAGUACACCAACAAAGUAUGGAAAACUGGUGUCAAAGUCGAUAAUGUCAAACAAAUGCUUGGUACUUUUAGUCCACAACAAGAAGCAUACACUUAUGAGAUGCCCGAGGAGACAACCCCUUCUGGUUAUUUUGCAAGAGGUUCUUACUCUGCUAAAACAAAGUUUGUUGAUGAUGAUAACAAAUGCUACUUGGAGAUCAGCUAUUCGUUUGAUAUCCGAAAAGAUUGGGCAAAUGUUGAGCAGGCAAAAGCUUAAAAAUGAUGAAAUUCACAGUAUAAUUUUUGAAGUUGCUUGUUAUAGUUUCAAAGCUUAGUGAUUGAGUCUAAAGACAAUUCUUAGAUUUUUCUGAAUUUUCCUUUUAUGAUUUACUCCACAAUAUGUUGUAUUUACGCAAAACUAAUGGUGGUUUUGUUAUUAUUACUUUUUUAACAAAAAAUUCAAUCCACUUCUAAUUUCUAAA